AUGAAAAAUGUUAAAAAUACAUUAUUUAUUUUUGGAUCAGGGGAAUGUGGACAACUUCCCCCAGAAUAUUGUGAUGAGUAUAUACAGAUUAAUCCAACAGCAGUUCGUGAUUUACCAUAUAAUAUCGAAGAAGUAGUAUGUGGGUCUAUGCAUACAAUUAUAAAAACAAAAGAUGAUAAAAUAUAUUCAUUUGGAUGUAAUGAUAUGGGUGUAUUAGGAAGAAAAACUUUUAGUAAUAGUACAAAAGAUCCUGAACACACACCUACACUAAUAAAUUUUUCAUUUCCUUCAAAAAUAAAAAAAAUAACAUGUGGGGAUAACCAUACUGCUGUUUUAUUAUAUAAUGGAAAAGUAUACAUUGCAGGUGGGUUCAGAGAUUCUUCUGGGGUUUUAGGAAUUCCUUCAUUUUCGAAAUAUGAUAAAGUUUUACCAAAAACAGAUGAAUUUAUCGAAAUAAAAUUCAAAUUGCCAGAAAACGAAAACGAAAACGAAAGUGACAAGGAAAGUGACAUUGACGAAAGUGACAUUGACGAAAGUGACAUUGGCGAAAGUGAACCAAAUUGCUGUAAAAUAAUAAACAUCGUUUCAGGUGAAGAUCAUUUAAUAUGUCUAGAAAAAAAUCGAAAACAUAUUUUUACAAUGGGGAAUAGUGAUUCUUGUCAAGUUUGUAAUCCAUAUUAUUCCCAAGAAGAAUCGGAAAAAAAUCGAAUUAAAUAUUUAUUCCCUAAUUGUUAUCAUUAUAAAGAUUUUGGAUUCAUAAAUAAAUUUAAAAAUAUAUAUUGUGGAGGUAAUAAUACAUUUAUUCAAUUAUCAAAAUCUUUAGAUGUAUAUGGCAUUGGUAGAAAUGCUUAUGGAUCAUGUGGUGUUAAUUUAAAAGAUAAUAUAAUUAAAAAAUUUGAAAAAAUAAAUGAAUUGUCCAAUAAAAAAAUAAAACAAUUAUGUGGUGGACAAAGCUUUACAGUAUGUUUGUUAAAAAAUAACGAUUUAUAUAUAUGGGGAAAUAAAGAAAUAUUAGGAAUGGAAUAUCAUGAUGACUCGUUUAAUCCAAUAAAAUUAAAUUUUUUUAAAAAUAAUAAUUAUAUUAUUAAAAAAUUAUUUUGUGGCACAGACCAUUGCUUAGUUUUAACAGAAAAUGAUAAACUAUUUGGUUGGGGAACUGGAGGAAAUGAAUUUGAUGAAAAUACUUCUAUUGCUGUUAUAGAACAAAAUAAUCCUUCUGAAAUUAAUUUUAUAAAAUAUUUUAAUAAAGAAAUGUUUAAAGAUAAUAUGAACAAUUCAGAUAUAUUAAUAAAUCAAAUAAACAUUGCAUCUUUUUCUGGUGGCUCAUCACAUUGUGCUUUAAUAUCAUCUCAUACAUUUUCUGAAAAAGUAUCAUUGAAAAGAGGUCAUGAUGAAUCAUAUCAUGAAGAUGUUUAUAUGAAAAAACAAAAAAUGGAACAAAUUCUGAACAGUUCAGGUAAAAAUUAUGUUAUUAUGACCGAAUGUGAUAAUAAAAUAAGUACCGAUGAUACUGAAGAUAUAAAAAAAAAAAGUUUUUUGGGAUCAUUUUAUUUUAGCUCAACAAAAUCAAACAAUAAAGAUUCUAAAUUAUCAAAAGAUGAAUUUCAAAUUAAUAAAAAUGAAAGUUCACAAAAUAAUAUUAAUCAAUAUGAUACUGCAACAGAUGAUGAUGCAGCAAAGAAAAGAAGUGCAAAAAAUAAAUCUUAUCUAAAUAUUGAAAAUCCAACAAGAAGACAACCAAGACGAUCUUGUAAAGAAAAUAUAUCUUUAAAAGAAAAUGCAAAUAGACAAUUUUAUCAAAUUGUUAAUGAAUCAAUUUCGAAAAAAAAAAGAAAAACAGAUUUUGAUAUAAAAAGUAAUCAAAACCAAGUAUUUGAUGAAAAAAAAGAAUCAAAAUCUUUAGCUGCAAAAAAUAAUAAGCGAAAAUCGAUGGCACGCACUUCUGCCAAAUAA